GGUUAUCUGGGAAUUCUGUGUUAAUUUAAACUGGUCAGGUAUGUUUGCAUGACCACAUGAAUGAAUAACAUGCGCUUCUCAGGUCGCAGAUCAUAAAUGGAGACCCUGUGAACAGCUGUUGAGUUUGUGACACGGCUCUUUGGGCUCUCAAAACCUAUUGAGGCGGCUUUUGGACGUUUCAUUCGCCGUGCAUUGGAAGUAAUUUCCUCGGAGCUUGGUUUUUCAGGCGCAUUAUAUCUUUCACACCUGACAUGCCGGUGUUUGUGGAAGAUCCCGAUCAGUUCUCCAAAGAGAGGCUGAAGUCGGAGCUCAUCGCGCAUAAUGUGGAUCUGCCCCCGCCGGAGAGCAAGAAACACGCUUAUGUGGAGCUUUAUCUGAAACAUGUGAAGACAAACAGCACAGAUUUCUCCAGCGAUGAAGAGGAGGAUCAUCUCAAUGGCAGCGCUGAGAAAGAAGAGGCGGCAGAAAUGGUAGACCUGGGCUUACUGACUGACGAUCAGCUCAAAGCCAAACUUCUCCAAUAUGGUGUAAAAGCUGGACCCAUUCUAGCGUCUACUAGAUUUUUGUAUGAAAAGAAGCUAAAGAGGCUGCUGGAUUCUUCAUCGCAGACAUCAGCACAGCAUAAGAUCAAUGGUACAGCAGAUGCAGGUCUUUAUUCAGACAGUGAGGAAGAGGACGAUGAGGAACAAGACUCUGAGUCAGAGCAGCUUCUGUCUAAAACAAAGCCCCGGACGGAGACCAGCAAAACAGCAAGCAGAAUGGGGACUUUCAGUCAGAGCAGAGAUUUUUACCCACGCUGCUUCAUGCCCUCAGCUGGGUUUGUAAAUGGAAAGUCCACAGUGUCUGCACAGAAUGGUACUUCGAGUAACAGUGGCUCCCCCUACAGAUCCUUCAGCAUCACUGAGAUGGUGGAAGAGGGGAGUAUUGAGAACAGGUUCAGUCCUCAGUUCAAACAAACAGAGACUGAGAGGUGGACUGGUUUGAGAGCCGCACAGACGGUGGGCAGCAGGGCCCUGCGGGACUUCAUGAGGCUGGAUAAAGACACCAUGACCGGCAAAUCUCUUUGUUUAACAUCUCCAUCAUCCUGUCAGAAACAGACCGUCAGAGAACCUGUGUCAGAUGUGCUUUCAGAGAUGUUCCCUGAUGCUGAAAGAACCCCCACUGGAAUCUUUGCUACAAAGAGAAGGUCUAUAAAGGGAGCUGCAGGCCGUCCCGUGCAGUUUAAAUAUCCUGAAUUGCCUCUUCUGAGUCCCACUACACUGGAGAGGCAGGAGAUUCAGCAGCGUCUGGUGCCUCUGUGGGUUCAGAUGAUUGUCUUCCUCCUGGUGGUCUGUCUGCUCUACAUCAUCUACUCCUGCAUGGACGAGCAGAUCUCCAGUCCUUUCACUGCUCUUCUCGAUGGUCUGCAUGAAUCGGCUCUCGUAUGCAUCUCAUCCUUCACCGGCGCUUAGCUUUAAUGCACAGAUGACAAAGGAAAAUGUCAUAUCAGGGUCUAGUCCAGCAGGUGUCUUUCAGAUUAUAUUUUAUAAACUAGUGUCAAAGGAAAUGUUUUGUUGAACUGAGUGAAACUAAUCUACAUAAUUCCACCUUGCUUGCUUUUGAAAGACAGAAUAGGAUUUUAAAACUUUAAAAGGAUGUGCAGUUGGCUAGUCCUGUGCAUGGAGUUUUCUCUGGUUGAUUUUAUACCAUAGAUGUGUGUUUUAUACUGUUUUCUUUACUUGAAAGUUACAGAGGUUAUUUAUACUCUUGUUGUCCAUCCUGAUACAGAUACCUGAACUUGUACAGAGACAAUCAUAUUCUACUUCCAGAAGUCAUGAUUGCUCUUAGUUUUUAAAUGUCUACUUUGUGUUUGUUGGUUUUAUUUGUGAAUAAAUAAAUUUGUUCUCCAAA